UAUUUGGCAACUGAUACACAAGUUAAUUACUCAACAGAAAGGUUACAUCCAAUGUUGAAAGAAGAUGGUGGCAUCAUGGCACUCUUGGGAAUGGUCAAAUCUGGUAACAGUGAUGUCAUGGCACAGGUUGCUAGAGGAAUCGCAAACUUUUCAAAAUGUGAAACACGUGGAAUCAUUGAAGGACAUAGAAGAGGACGUUCAUUUCUUAUAGGGGAUGGUGUACUCACGUGGUUGAUUUCUAACUCUACUAAUGGUCCGCCUUCAACUCGGCGCCACAUUGAGCUUGCUCUUUGUCAUUUAGCACAAAAUGAGGACAACGCCCAGGACUUCAUAUCCUCUCGAGCAUUGAAAGAAUUCAUUCGUGUAUCGAAUGAAUCAUCAAGCGAGGUUAUACGUAACUUAGCAAAGAAAACAUUGAAGUUGAGUCCAACUUUUCAAGCUAAGUUGCAAAAGUGUGAGAGAUGAUGAUACGAAAUGUGGAAUUUCAGAGGGUCGCUUCCAUCUAGUGUUAAUUCAUGUAAGCUAUGUAAAUUAUAGAAUCAUUAAUUUUUCAGUGGAUUAUAUUCUUUAAUUA